AAUUAGAGGCCAGGAACAAGAAAGAGUGGCUUCCCAGGCGCACAGCUCAUGAGGCCAUGGAGGGAUAAGAGCCAGUCUCAGCCCCCUUCAGUUUCCUGCACAAAAUGGUCAAAGGGAGACGCUUCAACCCACCCUUAGACAAGGACGGAAGAUGGUUCCCUCACAUUGGACUAACACAAAAGAUGCCAGAAUCCAUCACAAGUACGAUGUUGAAAGAGUCCCACAGUCCACGUUUAUCUCGGCAAGUGGAGGAGAAGCUUCCGCCCAUCUACAAAUUGCGGGAGAAGCAAGCAGUAAAUAACAACUUCCCCUUCUCUGCUCAUGACAAUCGUCACAGCUUUCAAGACUCUGGGUUCUACUUUGACUCUGUGAGUAUUUCUCCCCACAUUGCUAAAAAGAUGAACAGCAACAUCAGGGCUCUUGAUUUUCUGAGACCUGGUGAAGAUUGAGGACUGGCCUCAAAAUUGGAGUAAAAUUAAAGCCUCAUAACAGGUUACCGGGGG